AUGACGUGUGAGGGCUUCGGCGAUGUUGCAGUAAGUAUCUCUCCGUCUUCUCCUUGCUUAUUUUUGGGGGGCUCGGUGACUUUAAUAGCCACCACCGGUGUUGGCUUCGGUCCGAUCCAAAAGGGGUUCUUCGUGACGGGUCCCGAUAUCACCAGCUUCAGCGCCGGUCAUUAUCACUCGCUCGCUAUUGAUUCCCGCGGUGGACUGUGGGCUUGGGGCCGCAACCAUGAAUCCCAGCUGGGUCGUGAUCCACUUGCCCCAAGAGACUCAUGGAAUGAUCCAAAGAGAGUGGAAGGGUUGGAUCAUGUGAAUAUUUGUGCUGCUUUUGCUUCAGGUGUUGUUUCUGCUGCCAUUGGCAGUGAUGGUUCAGUGUGGGUAUGGGGAAAGUCGAAGCGGGGGCAGCUCGGUCUUGGAAAGGAUAUCAUCAAGGCCUUCACACCUUGCAGGGUCGAAGCUCUUGCCAGAGAAAAGAUGUGCAAGGUUUCAUUUGGUUGGGGCCAUGCUCUUGCACAGACAGAGGAUGGAAAAUUGUUUGGUUGGGGUUACUCAGCUGAUGGUAGAGUCGGAAAUGUUGGGGAAUCUCUGGAGGCAUCAAUGCUGGACUCAAAUGCCAAUAUAUCGAUGAAUGGCAAACAGUUUUCAGGUUCAGGAUUGGAUGUUGCUGAGCAAAUGGUUUUGGAAGGAAUGGAGAAAGAGAAAGACAUGCCAAUCGGCUGGGAACCACAAUUGGUCGAAGAACUGCAAGGGGUUGAAGUCAAAGACAUUGUUUGUGGGCUUGAUCAUUCCUUGGUCCUUUGCCGUAAUGGCACCUUAUUGAGCUCUGGAAGCAAUGUAUAUGGUCAGCUGGGGAGAGCCAAACUGGAUCUAGGAUUCUUACCUGUUGAUCUAACCGCCCAUCCCGUGUCAAUAUCAUUCGGUCUUGGUCAUUCUCUGGCAAUUUGUGAGGUUUUAUCAUCAGAUGUCGAAGUUGAUGGAAUGAGCAUUUUCUCAUGGGGGUGGAACCAAUGUUCACAACUAGGUAGAGAAGGACCCGAGAAUCUCCCGUUGAUGAUCGAGGGAUGGGAAGCGCAAGCACCUAUAUCAGUUUCGGGAGGACGGGUACACUCUACUGCUGUGACGUCUAAUGGAGAAGUGUGGGUUUGGGGAUGCAGUAAGAACUGGCGUCUCGGGUUAGGAAGUUCGAGUGACGAAGUUGAGCCAACUCUGCUUGAUUGUUUGAAAGAUUUCAAUGUUCUACAAGCAGUGUCAGAUUUUGAUCAUAACCUGAUCUUGGUAGAUGAAUGAUGUUAGGAGCAGUGCCAGGUUAU